AUGUAGCUUAACGUGGAGUCGCCUUUCUGGGCCACCGCAUUAAGGUCUCCUAAGAAAACAUACUAUGUAGCAUCCAAUUGAAAUAAAAAGGAGUCCACUGAACUGAUAGCAGGUCGGUUGUUAGUAAACUAUGAUGAACCGUAUCCUCGUGUGUUUACAGUCUGUGGCUCAUAUUAUUCGCACGCGAAGUGAGUAAAUAAUGGAGUUUGAAAUAACGCGCACGAGGCCGUCGCUUUUUGGAGAUAUUGUUUUUAUCUGUGCAGCACAUGGUUUGGGCUUCUGGACGGAUCGCUCGGCAGUUCACGAGGCUGCGGCUCAGGGCAGAGCUGUACAGCUGCAGAAGUUGAUUGAGAACGGAGCGUCUGUCAACAUCGUGGCUGUGGACUCUAUCACACCUCUUCAUGAAGCCUGUAUACAGGGUCAUACACAGUGUGUCAAGCUGCUCCUGGAUGCUGGAGCUCACGUUGAUGCUCGUAACAUAGACGGCAGCACUCCAUUAUGUGACGCCUGUGCUGCUGGGAGUCUGGAGUGUGUGAAGUUGCUGUUAGAUCAUGGAGCCACAGUCAACCCUCCACUAUUCACCUUCUCACCUCUCCACGAGGCCUGCAUGGGCGGUAACUCAAAAUGUGUCCAGCUCAUGAUUGAUAAAGGUGCUUUAAUGGAAGCCCACGACUGCCACUUUGGUACUCCGCUGCAUGUGGCGUGUGCCAGGCAACAUGUCGACUGUGUCAGGGUUCUGCUCAAUGCAGGUGCAAAUGUAAAUGCUGCCAAGAUCCAUGAGACGGCACUGCAUCACGCCGCCAAAGUAAAAAAUCUGGAACUAAUUGAGCUUUUGGUAGAAUAUGGAGGAAAUAUUUUUGCCAGAGACAACCUUGGCAAAAAGCCUCUUCAGUACACCAGACCCGGUUCACCAUCUGCCCGCUGCAUUGAGGUUUAUGAAUCAACACCCCUGACUCUUCAGCAGUUAUGCAGAAUUGCUGUCAGAAAUGCUCUUGGAAAAAGGGCACGGAUGGUGUUGACUCAACUGGGUCUCCCGAACCGAAUGGUUUGUUUCAUGUCUUACUCGCCGCCAGCCCCUACCCUGGAACUCUUCACCUCUUUAUGAUCUGCUACUUUGUUUCUUCCCAAGGUAUUAAUGAUGGUAUCAUGACUGCUUGUGUAUAAAAUUACAAGACUUACUGUCAUGCUUAUUGUGAAGCAUGGUUACUGUAACAGCCAAACUCAGUAUUUGUCUGUUACAUAUUUGUCAACAUAUUUACCCCCCUCUGCAGCACCAAGCCAAUAGGAGACAUGAUGACUUGAUAUGGAUGCACUUUAAUGCCAAAUAUAUAAUAUUUUGGUUGACUUUUGUGGAAGAAAGCACCAACAUUUCUUUUGUAAUUAUAUUUGGUUCGAAUAUAUGUGUUUUAUUAGCACGCUGCUUAAACAUCUUGCAAUAAGACAAAUAAUUUAUUUUCUGUUCAUACAAGAUUAAGCAUUAGUCUGAUGGUAGGCCUACUAUAGAUGAAAAUCAGUUUUACAAUUACCGGUAUGCAUUGUAUAUUUUCACUUGUUAUGACAUUUGUAUAUUGUCUUAUGUAGGUUUUAUAUCAAUUAUGCAAAUUGUGUAUAUCUAACUAGUUUACUUAAAAUAUAAAUUAAUAUAUUGUACAGAUGCUUUAAAUAAUUUAACCAG